AUGGCCUUUACAGCUCUCAACGACCAGCCCACAUCACAACCACCAGUUCAGGCGCCGACGCCAGAAUCAGCAGUACCGAUUCCGCAUCCGCAAGAAAUUGACGCUGCGUUUGCUAGCAGCCACGAAUUGCGGAAACGGGUGCAUGCUGCUAUUGACCAAAACCCCUCGCAAAGCACGCUUUUUCGCGACAUCUCAACCUACAUCCUCGGUCAAGCUUCACAGCCGCCCAGUGAACCCAUAACAAAGAAGCGCAAGCUUGAGGAAACCAACGGCGCACAAAAUGGCACCGCAGCAGCAGCACCGACAACAGCAGGUGUGGGUGGUAGCCUAACAAGCGCCUCAACCAAGGCGUUCAAGUCAUUUCCUGGCGUCAGCUUCUCAAUUCCCCAGCGGAAAAAGUUCACACUCGAGCUCUUGGACAGGAAGGACGGAGGAAUACGCGCAAUUGGCGCCACAGGCAAUGUCGAGUUUGCGCUAGCCUGGAGGGACGUUGAUCAGGUCUUCUGCUUGCCGGUGCCUGAGAAAGCGAAGAAGCAGCAUAACUUCAUUAUCGUACCAGUACAUGGCGAUGGCGUCACUCCGGUGCCUGAGGAACUGAAGGGAUCAGUGCCCGAACCGAUCGUCUGGACUUUUGAGGAGGCGACGGGGAAGAACCUUGUUCAGGGCGAAGAUCCAGGGCCUGGCCCUAUGGCAGAGGCGAUACACCAUGGCUUGUUACAAGCAGGCACUGGGAAAGAGGUCGUGUUCCCAGACGCAGACGAGUUUGCCAGCGCCAUUCCUGAAAGCCAUCGAAAGAGCGAGAAGGCGUACCACGUCAAGGCGCACAGGGGAAGUAAAGAAGGCUACUUGUUCUUCACCUCUGUUGGCAUCCUUUACGGUUUCAAGAAACCGCUUGCCUUUUUCGAUUUCGCCGCCGUAAACAGCAUAUCGUACACCGCCGUACUACGCAACACCUUCAACCUCGUUGUUACCACGCCCACACAGGAAAUUGAGUUUAGCAUGCUUGAUCAGGAGAACUUCGCCGGCAUCAACGAAUACGUGCAAAAACACGGACUGCAAGAUGCUAGUAUGGCAGCAGAGAGGCGCGCAAAGAAGCUCAACGUUAAUCCACCGACCGACAAAGGCAAAGAGAACGGUGCUGCGGCAGCAGGCGCACGAGGCGUAGAGGAAGAAUCGGAGUUGCAGAAAGCAGAGCGGGAGCUGCAAGAUCAGGAGGACGACGAAGAGGAAGAUGACGAUUUCGAUCCUGGCAGCGCAGGCGAGAGCGAGGGCGAAGGGUCAGACUCGGAAGAUGAAGAUGGCGCAGGUGGCUAUGAUGAGGGUGACACUGCGGAAAUAAAAGACGAGGAUGAGGAGAUGGAAAAUUAA